UUCUCUCUCUUGAAGGUUCAUCAUUAUAGAGUUUAAAAGAAGACAUUAAUGGCCUUAAGGCCUUGUACUGGAUUCACAAUCUCCUCUCUUCGCAACGCUUCCGCCGCCAACAACAAUCUCUUCUCUCUCCUCUCUUCGUCGUCUCCGGCGAAGAGAAACAUCCUUUUCUCCUCUCUCCGGGACCAUCUCCGUCGUUUCGCAUCCAGCGCCUCUCUUUACCGUCAGCAUCUUCGGAAUCAGCAGCAGCAGCAGCAACAACAGCAAUCGCGCGUGAAAGAUAAAUCGGACACGCUGGCGCAGAAGAUCGGUAAAUCUAUCCGGCGUGCCGGUGCGCCGUCGAAAGCUAGGGUUUACGCUGAUGUCAACGUUGUUAGACCUAAGGAUUAUUGGGAUUACGAGUCUCUUGCUGUUCAAUGGGGUGUACAGGAUGAUUAUGAGGUGGUGAGGAAGGUAGGAAGGGGGAAAUACAGCGAGGUCUUUGAAGGCAUUCAUGCCACUGAUAACGAGAAAUGCGUUAUCAAGAUUUUGAAGCCUGUGAAAAAGAAGAAGAUUAAGAGAGAGAUUAAGAUUCUGCAGAACCUCUGCGGUGGGCCAAAUAUUGUAAAAUUGCUCGACAUUGUUAGAGAUCAGCAGUCGAAGACGCCCAGCUUGAUAUUUGAACAUGUGAACAAUAAGGAUUUUAAAGUCCUCUAUCCAACUCUCUCUGACUAUGAUGUUCGAUAUUAUAUAUUUGAGCUUCUAAAGGCGCUGGAUUUCUGCCAUUCACGUGGAAUCAUGCACAGAGAUGUGAAACCGCAUAAUGUCAUGAUUGAUCACGAGCAGCGGAAACUUCGUUUAAUUGACUGGGGUCUGGCAGAAUUCUAUCAUCCAGGGAAAGAAUACAAUGUUCGAGUUGCUUCAAGGUACUUCAAAGGUCCAGAGCUGCUGGUAGACUUACAGGACUAUGACUAUUCCUUAGACUUGUGGAGUCUUGGGUGUAUGUUUGCUGGAAUGAUAUUCCGCAAAGAGCCGUUCUUUUAUGGUCAUGACAACUACGAUCAAUUGGUCAAAAUUGCAAAGGUACUUGGCACAGACGAACUCAAUGCCUACCUGAACAAAUACCGCAUAGAGUUGGACCCUAAUCUUGCAUCCCUUGUGGGCAGACAUAGCCGGAAGCCAUGGUCAAAGUUCAUCAAUUCUGAAAACCAGCACUUAGCAGUUCCUGAGGCUAUCGAUUUUGUGGACAAGUUGCUGAGAUAUGAUCACCAAGAAAGGCCAACAGCUAAAGAAGCAAUGGCGCAUCCAUAUUUCUACCCGAUUAGAAAUGCAGAAAGCAGCCGUACGCCACGGGGCCAAUGAUCCUGAAAACAUUUGCUUGUUCAUUCUCUGAUUUUUCAUUUCUUGACGGAUUCAAAUUUGUUAUAAAUUGAUUUGUCAUUGUUUCAUUCUCUCGAAGUGUGCGUGUGUUGCUGUUUUGCUCUUUGUCGGUGUUUCAACUCUUUUGAAUUUCAAAGUAUAAAAUCCACAAGACGGGUUAAAGAAGUUUUCUCUUCAUUUUUAAUU